AUGUCCUUUACAAACCUCGCCCUCGUGGCGCAAUGCGACGCGUUCCCGUACGCCGACGUCGACCCGUCCGCCUACCUCGCGCGCACAAACACAUACUUCCAGCUCCGAGUUUCCGGGCACGACUACGCGCUCGGCUACAUGCUGCCGUCAGUCGCAGAAGUGUUCCGCGGCGUGGCGGGCUGGGAGCUCGACGACGCGGAGCGCGUGCUGACGCUGACGGGCGGGGACUCGGCGGUGUCGCGCAGCGCCGCGGUGGAGAAGACGAUGCUCGCGCUGCGGGAAACGGGGCAUUUCGAGGUGCUGAAGAAGUGGCGCGGGGAGCUGUACGCCGUGUAUGGGCGGGACAAGGAGCUCCUGUUCAACGUCGAGCGGAGCGCGUCGGCGCUCUUCGGGGUGGUGACGUACGGCGUGCACCUCACCGCGUACACGAGAAGCGAGCAGGGCGAGAUCAAGAUCUGGACGCCGCGACGCGCCAAGACGAAGCAGACGUACGGCGGCAUGCUGGACAAUGCUGUAGCGGGCGGGAUCGCGAGCGGCGAGAGCCCGUUUGAGAGUCUGGUCCGCGAGUGCGGCGAGGAAGCGAGUCUGGCGGAGUCGCUGGUGAGGGAGCGAGCGAGGGCGGCGGGAACAGUGACGUAUUGGUAUGUGAGGGAUGAGCGGGCGGGCGGUGAGACGGGACUGCCGCAGCCCGAGGUGCAGUACGUCUACGACCUCGAGCUGCCUCUGGACGUCAUCCCCAGGCCGGGAGACGACGAGGUCGAGGAGUUUUAUCUGUGGAGCGUGGAGGAGGUGCAGGAGGCGAUGCGCAAGGGCGAGUUCAAGCCAAACUGCGCGCUGGUGGUGCUUGAUUUCUUGGUCAGGCACGGGAUUCUGACAGAGGCGAACGAGAGGGACUUUAUCGAGAUUGUGUCGCGGUUGCACCGGCGGCUGGAGUUUCCUACGCUGUGA